AUGGCUGAAGGUAUUUCUACCUCUUUCCAGACCUGUCCUCCAGACCCCCAUGGUCUUCAUGAUCGUGAGGGCCUUCCAUCUCCCCCAUCACUACCUCAUCUGCACGUGAAUGAUCUGGGGCUUACACCUCCCCCUGGGUCCCAGCUGCAGCUCUCCACCAAGUCCUCCCAACAUGAAGAACGGAUUUUGCCGACCAGAGAUGUGAACACGACGUCAGAAAACCCAACAACCGAUGCACGAUACUGCACACAACAGCUCGGAAAUACCGGAAAAGGUCACAGUUACGGGGAGCAAGUGGAAGUCAAGGAUGCAUCCUUAGAAAAACAACCCCCGGCCGGCUCAGAGGUAGCCGAGUCCCGACAGCCGUGGGCAGAUAUCGCGACCCGUUCUCCACAGUUAGAAAUCGAUUUUUCGGCAUUUGACGAUUCCAAUAACGCCGUGGAAGAUUUGUACGACCCCCUCUUCGAUUCCGAACUUGUCCUGCAGGAGAUUGAUGCGGUCUUGCAGCCCCGGAAGCGAGAUGGCGACGAGGCGUUUUCUGAAGAAUGUAUCUCCUGGGACCAGCCUAGAAAAAGGCAAGCCACAGAGAUGUCGCAAGAUUUGACCACAGAGUCUCCGGAUAAAACACCCUCGUUAUUAUCUCUAGAUUCUGGACAACCUGAACAAGGAGGCACGGGCCCUCAUACGCCAAGCGAUGUUGAGAAACAACAGUCCGAUGCCGUCUUCGACCCUAUAGACCUUCUGUUUGAAGACCCUCCGGGCGAUAUCUCGUUGAACAUCCCUGAUGGCGAGGUUUCUUUUGGUUUUGACUUCCAGGGCGUGGGUAAUGGAGAUGGAGGCAAGGAGGACAUGGCGGCGAAUUGCAGUGUGUUUGACCAGCCCUUCGAUCUACCCUCCGUCAGCGAGAUUACCAAGGAACGGUUUUCUCUUGAUCACCAAGAAAUCGUCGACAGCACAAACCGCGAAGCUCUGCAGCGAGUGUUUGCCGAGCCAGAGUAUGUCUCGCCGUAUCCGGUUUAUGGUGGCCCAUUGGGAUAUAUGCCGUCAGCUCCGAAUAUCCAUGUCAGGUGCAUCGAAGUGUCGGAUGAUCGGACAAACUUGCGCCUUGCGACUCUGCGGAAUAAGGUACAGCAGCUGACGCUGGAACGCAACAAGUACAAACAGGAGUGGGCACUGGCGUCGGACCUGACGGCCAUGGAUCCGGCGACGGGUAAAACAAAACAACAGACAUUGCUUGAGCAGAAUGCCAUGCUGCGACGUGUGUGCUCCCGACAUCAACAAAGAGUUGAGCAGUACAAGCAAGAGGCCAUCGAGUGGAAGAAUAAGCUUCAUGAUCUUGGCACGGUCUACAACAAUCUGCUAUAUGAGAUUCAAGUUCAGAAGCAAAUGCCCGCAGUUGCUCCGAUACCGACUGGAUACAAGCCUCCCCGGGCACGCCAUGCUAGCUCAAAUGCGACCUCUCUACAACCAUCGACCUCACAGCCACAAUCCAUGGCUUCUACACCAAAUGCAUCUGCUGGGGAGCCAAUCACAAUCGACCUGACCGAAGAAACGGGCGAUGACGGAUCAGCAGCGAAUCCCACCCCAGAAGAACAGGAGGAAUCUCAACGACGCGUGGAGAUGCUCCAGUCACUGCGGAACAAGAAAUACAGUUGGCUUGGGGAUGCAGACGGGGAUGUCGGCAAUCAGAACUUCCGCUUCAGUGUAACCCCAGCAGCUCGACAAGGUUCUCUAAAACCCGCGGGUGGGCCUCACGACUCCGAGCGGUGCCGGGACGGCCACGUACCAGCAAGGGACCCCUGCGAGAUUGCGUCAGACGAUCGGGUGGAGGACAACGAUGAUGACUUGGCACGAAUGAUGGAGCAAGAGUUAGCUUCGCCGAUUACCACAUCCAAACCGGGUGAUUGUGAUGUAUACAAAGCCCGGGUUGGGGAUAGCCCGAAGAAUGUUUCUAAAUGA